GUCCAGUUCCGGGCGCCGAGUUCCAGCGCUCCUGUCUGGUGAGUCUCCUGUGGCGUCCCUCCGCCUUGUUCUCGGGUUCAACCCUGCGAGACCCCAGACUUACUGGGCCGCAUGAAACAGCCAGCACCAGCCCUGGUUCCAGCUCGGGGACACCCGGUGCCUGGAGAGGCUGGCAGCAGGCAUCUGUCUGAGAGGCUUUGGGAAGGUUGGCCCCAAACCCCUCAGCCAGGCUCCUGUCCUGGGUUUGGGGGUCCCCUUUUUGGCAACCAUGCUUCCCACACUCUGACGAAACCAGAACCACCACUACUGUGUGAACGAAGUGGAAUUCCGCUCUCCGUUUUGCAAGAUUAGCACGAAAACAUCAGUAAUUUUCUGGCUGUGGUUCGUAACUUUUCCUUUCCCACAGGUUGGAUUGUAUGUACUCAAAUGUGGAAAAACUGUGCCAAGUGAUUAGAAAUUUUUGUUUUAGGCAGGGGCCACAUCCACAUACUUAACGCCGGAUUUUGGAGAAAUGUUCCAUUAAGUGCAAGUCUUCAUCCCACCCUACCCCCGGCAAUUAUAUAUUUUUACUUAUCUCCUUCACAUAUUAUACACUUUUCAUAUUGGUUGUGUUUAUUUUACUGUUUCAACUAGAAUGGACACUCUGCUAAUGCAUUUCAAACACCUUGAACUGUUUCUGUGCAAGGGUGCCCUCAGAAGCCUUCAGUUGAAACUUCAGGCAUGAUGGUUGUGGACACAAGAAAGUCUGCUGGUCAGCUGUUCCAAGCCCCAUGGGGUCAGCAGGGCCCUAUGAUGGUGACAGUGAAGCUGGAGGAAGACCACCCCAGGAAUCAGGGUCUCAACCUUCCAGAGAACCAGCCUCCUGCCCGGGAGAUCUUCAGGCAGCAGUUUAGGCACUUCUGCUACCAGGAUUCCCCUGGACCCCGGCUUUCCCUGAGCUGGCUCCAGGAGCUCUGCCAUCAGUGGCUCAGACCAGAGACACAUACCAAGGAGGAGAUCCUGGACCUGCUGGUGCUGGAGCAGUUCCUGUCCAUCCUGCCCCAGGAGCUCCAGGUCCCGGUUCAGGAGCAUCAUCCAGACAGUAGGGAAGAAGCAGUGACCAUGCUGGAGAAUCUGGAAAGAAAGAGAAAUGUUUCAGCUUGUGCUCUGGAACAGAAGAUACUUUUGCAGACAAUGACCCUUCAAACACUAGAUGAAGAAUCUUCAUAUACCCGAGUUCAGCCCCCAGCAGUCCAGUUCAAGGGCAAAAGACCUGAGCCCCGACCAUCAGAGGAAACAGAUGGUGAGAUGAGGACUGAGAAUUUGGCAUUAGAAGUGAAACAGGAACCUUGUGAAGAAACAGACUGGUGUAGGGAGGGGUCUGAUGGACAUCAUGAAACUAUAUGUCAGCAUGCCAUACAGAGAGGAGACAAUGAGCCUAGUGAAAGUUUGGAAAUGCAGAAUGGGGAUGCCACAGGUGAGAAAAUACAUGACUGUGAUGAAUGUAAGAAAACCUUCACCUGGAUGAGAGGCCUUCAUAUGCACAAGAGGAUCCACAAUGGGAAGAAACCAUACUCCAGUACAGAAUUUGGGCUUCACAGCAAGGAAAAGCCCGAUCAGUGUAAAGAGUGUGGCAAAGACUUCAGUCAGAAAGCAGGCCUCUCUCAACAUCUCAAAAUCCACACUGUAGAAAAGCCUCAUCAGUGUAAUAAAUGUGGCAGAUGUUUUAGUCAAAGAUCAGUUCUUUCAAAACAUCAAAGUCUCCACACUGAAAAGAAACCUUUUGAAUGUAUAUACUGUGGGAAAACCUUCUGCCAUAGUGCAGACCUCACUGAACAUAAACAAUUGCACAACAGAGAGAAGCCUUAUGAAUGUAAUGAAUGUGGGAAAACCUUCAGGCAGCAUUCAAAUCUUACUGAGCACCAGCGAAUUCACAGUAAAGAAAAACUUUAUGAUUGUAAAGUAUGUGGAAAAGCCUUCACUCAGUAUGCAGGACUUAACCAACACCGGAGAAUCCACACUGGAGAGAAACCUUUUGAAUGUCCUGGAUGUGGACGAGCUUUUAGCCGAAGCUCAGAACUUGUAAUACAUCACAGAAUUCACUCAGAAAAACCUUAUGAAUGUGCUGAGUGUGGAAAAACCUUUAGAGUGAACUCAACCCUGGUCAUACAUCAGAGAAGUCACACUGGGGAGAAGCCCUAUAAAUGUGAUGAGUGUGGUGAAGCGUUCAGUCGAUACUCAGGCCUUAACAAACACAAGUUAGGAGGAAAGCACAGAAACUCUCCUAAACUAAGAAAAUAUAUAUGUGAUGAGUGUGGAAAGACCUUCACACAGUUAACUGGCCUGAGAAACCACAAAAGAAUCCAGAAUGGGGAUAAGACCUACCAAUGUCCUGAGUGUGGCAAGGCCUUUAUAAGGGGAGAGCAUCUUAUUGAACAUCAGGGGAUUCACAACAAGGAGAAGCCUUAUCAAUGUAAAGAGUGUGGCAAAGCCUUCAGUCAGAAGACAGGUCUUAGUCAUCAUCUCAAAAUCCACAUAGGAGAGAAACCUUUUGAAUGUUCUCAGUGUGAGUGAGACUUCAGCUGUAAAUCAAAUCUCAAUAAACAUAAAAGAGUCCACUCUGAGGAAAAAUCCUAUACAUAUAAAUAGUGUGGAAAGGCCUAUUAGGUAGAGAGCAUUGCUAAUCCAACAUCAGAGAGGCCACAUCCUGCUAAGCCUCAGCAGUGGUGUGAAUGAGGUAAAGCCUAGAAGCUCAGCUCUGAUUCGUCACCAGAGAAUCCACUAAAAUGACUCCUUGCCAAGAUGUCUAGUGACAACUUCAAGUAGAAUUCAGAAUUUUUUUAAAUUGAGGUGAAAUGUUUCUUAAACUUCAUUACUUAAAAAAUGUCAGAGAUACUGUGUUGAAAAGUUGUUUAAAGGUCAUAAAUGCUGGAAAAGUUGAGAAUUUGGGAAAAUAAACAUCAACAAGAAAUUUACCUAUA